AUGCACCAGACCCAAAGUCUGCACUAUGGUAUUGUUUUGGAGGGUACUAUCGAGAUGGUCAUGGACGAUGGCCAAGUGACAUCCAUGCGUCGAGGAGAGGUUGCAGUCCAACGUGCUACUAUGCACGGCUGGAAAAACCCGAGCAAGACCGAGUGGGCCCGAAUGGUAAUUUUUCAUGCAGCAUUGUCAGCCGUCCACGACCGGAAAUUGUGCCGCUUAAAAACUGAGAAGGAUGAAUCUAAGAGGGGUCAACAAGAGAAGCUUGUUUGA